CACAUCUUGGGGAACUGCUUCUCUUUUCCUUGUUGCUCUUUGUGUUGAUAAUGUUGCCCUGAGCUCUUCAGACCGCAAACAUGGAAUUGCAAAGGUUGAGAACAAACAGUAGAUUCUUCCAGAACAGAAUUGUCGGUUGAGCUCAAGAUUUAAACGUGUUAUAAGAAGUAAUGGGUGGAAAGUUAGUUGAAGAGAAAUCCAACCUAGAAGGAAGGAGAAAUUUUCUGACAGUGAGAACAAUUGAUCAAUGGAAUAGCUUGCCUCCUGGAGUUGUAAGUCCUCCAUCACUGGAGGUUUUCCAAAAUAGACUGGACAAUCAUUUGACCGGGAUGGUAUAAGAUCUCCUGCCUUGAGGAGGUUGGACUAGAAAACCUCUUUGAUCCCUUCCAGGCCUAUGAUUCUAUCUUCUAUGCUGUCAGUAUGCAGUUAUAAGACCCUUAGGAGAAAUUUCCCCACCAAGAUAGCUGAGCCUAAAGUACUUCCUUUAUUACAGUUUGCAUGGGAUGAAUAUCUACAAGAAAAAAAGAAGGAACUGAGAGGUGAAACAUGGGAAUACCCAUCCAAUGUGAUGUGUUUUAUUGAUGGCCAGCUUCUUGGAGAUGAAAAAAUGCUGCUGAAGUGGGCUUAUGAUGUUUGGGAUUAUAAAGACUUUAAGCCCACAGCACUUUAUGAAGCAAUUACAUCAGAUUUCCUCACAAAAUACUUAAAAGCCAAAAAGCAUAUAUUUGUUUUCAUGGAAAUAGCAGUUCAGGAAGUUUCGACUGGAAAAUUGCUCUUUGAGCUCUAUUCUGAUAUUUGCCCCAGAACAUGCCAUAAUUUCAAGUGUUUAUGUACAGGAGAGAAAGGAUACUCUGAGUCUGGAUUGGAACUCACUUACAAGGAUUCAAUUUUUCAUCGAAUUGUAAAAAAUGGCUGGAUACAAGGAGGAGAUAUAGAUGGUGGAAAAGGAAAUGGAGGUGAAUCGAUAUAUGGACCCGUGUUUGAAGAUGAAAAUUUUGCAGUUCCCCAUGAUAAGAGAGGGAUUCUUGGAAUGGUCAACAAAGGACGUCACACCAACGGGUCCCAAUUCUACAUCACAUUACAAGCUGCACCAUAUCUGAAUACCAAAUAUGUGGCUUUUGGACAGGUGAUCGAGGGCUCAGAAGUUCUCCGGGAACUGGAAUUAUCAGAGACAUUCAAUGAGAGACCAGUGCUACAAUGCAGAAUUAUUAAUUGUAAUGUUUUCCAGCCAUGAUUACUGUAUACUAUAGAUGUUAAUUUUAUUGUAGAGUGUUGCUCUGUUCUGAUCAUACGACUUGUAGCAGUUAAAAAAGUUGACAAAUAAAAAUUACUUUUUAAUUUUUACAAAAGAAUAAAA